AUGGUACGGCGGAUCGAGUACCGGCACGUAGGGCUCUUCACUGCCCUCGCGGAUGAUCCUGCGAAUGUUCUCGAUGAGGUCGUUGAUGACGUCUCUGGACGCGGCCUCGUCGCCGGGCUGCGGCGCCAGUGGAGGCGACGUGGCCUGCGCCGCGGGGACGGCGACGAGGGCGAGGACGAGGAGGACGGCCGUGAGGACGCGACCCAUGGCGGCGGUUGGCGGGUGGCGGGUGGCGGACGCCUUGCGAAGCCACAAUGCGACACGGAGGCGCAGGCAAAUCGCAUUAUAAACCACGAGCGCGCGCCUAUCUCGACAGUCUCCGAUCGAGAAACGCCCCUGGAUUACACGCGAGCGUCGGGGAUUUCGUGUGAACUUAACGCGCUGACGUUCGCGUCGUGUUUGUUUCGUUUCGCGAAGGUGCCAUCUCAUUCAAAUGGGAAGUACGGCGGUCAAUCUGUAUUAACAGUAGCUACUGGUGACAACCUCGUGUGUCCCCUGGCCGAGUACUGGCCGGUGGCGUUGACGACGGGCACCGUCAGGGUGAACCAGACGGUGGGGUUGGGCGGCACGGGCGCGCCGGCGGCCGGCUGCAGCGUCUGCGUGGCGAAGGAGGCGAAGCCCUCGACGCGCACCUCGCGCAGCGACACGUCCGCCGCCAGCGCGGGCUCCUGGCGCACCGAGAAGUCGUAG